AUGACGGCCUACACCGGCAAUAAGAUGCUUCGUUACAAGUUUAUCUCUGGACAGUGCAACAACAGAGAGAGGCCAGACAGCGGGAAGAGUCCCUCAGGGGAACCAGACCCAGAGACACCCAAACCAGUGAGACCACACCACUGCUCCCACUGUGGAAAGAGUUUUACCUGGUUAUCAAAGCUGAAAGAGCAUGAGAGAACACACACUGGAGAAAAGCCUUACCAAUGUGCCAUUUGUGGAAAAACUUUUACCCAGUUAGGGGGCUUUCAAUAUCAUGAGCGGACACACAGAGAAAAAAAUACCUACCACUGCUCUCAGAAUGGAAAGACAUUUACCCAGUUAGGGAACCUGAAAAAGAAUGAGAGAAUACUCACACAGGGAGAGAAGACAAACCACUGCUCCCAGUGCGGAAAGAGUUUUAAAUGGUUAUCAAAGCUGAAAGAGCACGAGAGGACCCACACAGGAGAAAAGCCUUUUCAAUGCUCCCAUUGUGACAAGAAAUUUAACCAGUCAUCGCAUCUGAAAGAGCAUGAGAGAACACACACAGGAGAGAAGCCUUUCCGAUGUUCCCAGUGUGGAAAGGGUUUUACCUGGUUAUGGAACCUGAAAACACACGAGAGGACACACACAGGAGAAAAGCCGUACCAAUGCUCCCUGUGUGGAAAGACUUUUACCCAGUUAGGGGGCUUUAAAUAUCACGAGAGAACACACACAGAAAAAAAGACCUAUCACUGCUCUCAUUGUGAAAAGACAUUUACCCGGUUAGGGAACCUAAAAAAGCAUGAGACAAUACACACACAGGAGGAGAAGGCUCCCAGUGCGGACAUACUUUUAGUCAGUUAGGGAACCUGAAAAAGAAAUAACACAUACAGGAUAGAAGCCAGGGGCGAAUUCGCCAUCCGAGACAUGAAAGAGACAUGAAAAUAGCUGUGCAGCAACGCUCCCCAUCCAACCUGACAGAGCUUGAGAGGAUCU